GGGUAUAUAUACCCCUUUCGUACCAACCAACAGCAGAUCAUUUUGUGAAGCCGAACAGAUCCCGACAGAACUGCAGACCACAUAUCCUCAAAAUGAAAGCACAGUGUGUUGCGUUGCUGUUUGUGAUGGGCGUGGCCUUCGUCACAGCAGGCGGUGUAGAAAUGACAACAGACCCAGCCCCACCCUCGCCACCCUUUGGGGGAAUUCUGGAAGACUUAUCGGCUCCUGUCACAGUGCGGGACCUCUUGGCUCUCGGCUGCAUCCGAGCUCUCCAAGAACAGGAGCUGCUGGGGGAAGUAUUCCGCGAGAGGAAUCCAACACCAACUAAACGCGGCCAAGAGCUGGCCAUCCUUCUUGGUCGCGUUCUGUCCCGUGAUAGAUGGGAACCCGAGAGCCAACAGAUGUCGUCAGAGAGUGUCGAUGACGGACACGGUACUGAUACUCAAGAUACAGCUUCCAUCAAGCCCUACAGCUUCCAUCAAGCCCUACAGCUUCCAUCAAGCCCUACAGCUUCCAUCAAGCCCUACAGCUUCCAUCAAGCCCAGUGCUGA